AUGUCGAACUCCAAGCUGUCCAAGUGCAGCCUGAGCGAUUUCCCCGAAGAACUCCUUUGCGGAAUUCUAAACGAAGUCGGCUCCGGGAUCGAUGAAGAAUACGUCCCCGGCACCAUGCAGACUCUUCUCGCUCUAUCCGCUACAAGCCGCCAGUUCAACCGACUCACAGAGUCUUACCUCUACAAAACUAUCAAGACUGAUCACUUUCAUUGCAGAAAGCUCGUUCAGCGUCUAGAGGACGAUCCCACUCUAGUCUCGCACAUCAAGCGAGUCAUCUGGGACAAAAAGCCAAGCGAAACUCCAGAAUGGUACAGAACGCUGCCAAAUACUAUCAGUGCACCAAAUCUCGCACGGAAAUUCAACAUUUCCAAAAUCCCGUUGUUCUGGGUUUCUGGCGACUGGAGGGAUAAAUGUGCUGCACUGACUCUAGUCUUGCUGCUCACUCCACGGCUAGAAGCCUUGGAAAUUAUGGACACGGAUCUCCGAUUUCGCAUGAGCGACGGCGCAUAUGGGUCAUCUUUCUGGCCCACGCUGUGGCGAAACCCCGAUCGCGGACUCAUCGAGCGCUUCGCCAACAUACGUACGCUACGAUUUGGCCAUCAAGACAUGGACUUGGAAGCGCUUUUUUGUGUUCUUCAAUUACCAUCUCUACGUACACUGAGCUUCAAAGGCGAGCUCGUGGAUAAAGACAUAUACAAAUAUGGAGUUGUGAGACCGAUGAAUCCUUCCCUGGCACGAUACGCACAGCUGGCAAGGAUGCCCCCUCGAAGCUCACCUAUCGAGUAUCUUCACAUCGAGAAUAGCGCUAUCCACUCGAAGCAUGUCGCCAUGAUCCUGCGCUGCAUCAAGAAUCUCAAAGACUUCAGCUUGACAUUCACCGGAACCAGAACCGACCCCUUGGCAAUCAGCAGAGCCAUCUACGAACACAACGGAUACGGAGUACCAGCGUUACACUAUCCUGCCCUAAACGGGGCUAUCAUGGAGCAUUCCAACUCGUUGGAGAGCCUCACUCUACAGACCAACCUAUCGCACGAGCCCAACAUAUACAACACAGCUGCGGCAGGAUGCCUACGAUUGCAACAAGUCCGCAACCUUAAGUACCUCAGAACCGAUAUAGUAACUCUGUAUCGCGACGAAACGACGAACCCGGACCGGCAACAACACGAAAUCUUCAACUCACUUCCGCCUGGCAUACGUCGGCUUGACCUCGACAUGUACGAACCCACAUGGCCGUACUUUAGGUGUCCGAAGGCUGCACUUAUGAGUCUAGCUAUGGACUGUGCGCAAAAGUAUCCACUACUUAAAGACGUACGUGUGUUGAGACACACCACACAUGAAUCGAAGUUGUGGGGGGCGUUUUCCAAGGUUUGCAAAGAGGUUGAGAAUGCUUUCGAAGUACAAGGGGUGACUAUUCGGUUCUGCCCUCGCACCAAGCAAGCCAGCAGUUCAGGUGACAUGUACACUCCGCUAGAGAGAUGA